AUGGAACCCGAAAGCAGUUGUAGGUGUUCAAUCGAUGCUUUGCAAAUUUUGACGGAGGUUCGGAAUGUAGACACGGUCGUGGAGUGUGAGACUAUUCUGGACUUGGUCCAGCGCGUGUAUAAUCAAGGACAAGCUAUGUUGAAUUGCGAAGAUUGUCGCAAACUUCCACCACAAACCUCCUCCUUUAUAACCAUCCCUGCCCUCACUGAUCAUUGUCUUUCGUUAUUUGAGGCCGUAUGCUCAGCAUACAGCAUCACCACCAAGAACUGCCUUUUCGAUGCGAAUAUCCUGGCAUUUGAACAACCCCUACCCCAAUUUAUCUGCAUCCGAAGCAAGGUGCAGCUUGGGGAAACAGAUUUGGACGAAGCCGAGACGGGGAUGUUAGUCCGAACCCUUCUGUGCCGCAAUUCUAUGAGACUCCUCAGCCUACUAGAGGCACUUCAGGGGAUUAUUCGACCAUUUUCGACGGAUAAUACCCAGGUACACCCAGCUAGCGCAGCAACCCUGCGGGCGUAUGAGUCGUCCAUCCAGUCAACUAUGCAUCGGUUCGUAUCAUUCCUGGACCAAAUAAAAGUCGAACAACGUACGUAA